AUGCCACCCAUCACCGUGCCGGCCAAACACCGCCGUCCUGUUCGUUUCCCAUCUUCCACUACUACUCAACCCCCACUACUCGGCAGCACCCCCAAGCACCGUCGAGAGGCCGAACGGGCCUCCCGCAAAAUAAUGGCCAGUAUCAGCCAAGAACCACGCCCGGGAAUCCCUGCCCUCUUCACGCAGCCGCCGCCCAUCCGGGACCCGCUCGUCACAGAGACCCUGGAUCUGCAGAUCGAGACGGUCGACAAGUGCCUCCCGUUUCUGCACGGCAUCCACUCCACCCAACGAGGGCCCUUCAACGCCCUCGGGGUUCCCGCGCUUCAGCGGGACGAGCAUGUAGCCUACCUCUAUGACUCCCUGGAGGACUAUCCCGCCGGUUUUGUCGCCAUGGACGCCAGCCGCCCGUGGAUGGUCUACUGGGCGCUGGCCGGAUUAUCGCUCCUCGGCGAGGACGUGACGCGAUUUCGCGAACGCGUGGUCGAAUCCCUCCGGCCCAUGCAGAACCCCACCGGCGGAUUCGGGGGCGGCCAUGGCCAGAGCUCGCAUUUGGCAGGCAGUUAUGCGACUAUCCUGGCGUUGGCAAUGGUUGGAGGCGAGGAAGCUUUUGCAUUGGUUGAUCGCAAGGCAAUGUGGCAAUGGCUGGGCCGUGUGAAGGCGGCAGAUGGAGGCUUCUGCAUGUGCGAAGGCGGGGAGGAGGAUAUGCGUGGCGCCUACUGUGCUAUGACCAUUAUCUCGCUACUCGACCUGCCGCUGGACCUUCCACCGGACGUUGAAGCGCGCCGUGCGGGACUGGAGAAUCUCACCAGUGGCCUCCCGGAAUACUUGUCGCGAAGCCAAACUUUUGAAGGAGGCAUCUCCGGCAGCCCCGGGUGCGAGGCACAUGGCGCAUAUGCCUUUUGUGCACUGGCAUGCCUCUCUAUUCUGGGGCCUCCCGAGGAGACUAUACUUCAGCACAUGAAUGUUCCUCUUCUGCUAUCUUGGCUAUCUGCACGCCAGUAUGCUCCGGAGGGCGGGCUUUCAGGGAGAACGAACAAGUUAGUAGAUGGGUGCUACAGCCACUGGGUCGGCGGGUGCUGGCCAUUGCUUCAGUCUGCUUUGGAUGGAAAGCCACAAGGCACCUACCGCCCGGAGACCUCAGUGGGCAGUCUGUUUAGUCGCGAGGGCCUCACUCGGCAAGUGAGUCUUCCCACCACUGUCUUUGGCAACGACGACGCUGCUGACAUGCAAGCCAGACACGCGGACUCUUAUCAUAGCUGCUAUGUCCUCGCGGGCUUGAGCGCAAUUCAACACCACCACUAUCGCACCGACCAAAGCGUCUCCUCGAGCGAGACCUUCUCAUCAGCCUUCUCCUGGCGGUCCUCACCGAACCGCGCAGAGGAUAAUGUGUUUGAGAAGAGUGAUCGGUUGGCACCCUUUCAUCCGGUGUAUGUCAUUCCGCACCAGGCGGCGGAAAGGAUGAGGCUCCGUUUUGAAGGCCAACCACUGCAGCCAUAG